GUUGAGCUGGCAGCAAACACCCUUUCAUUCAUCAACAGUUACGAUGAUUCUAUGGCAAGUCAUUGCUAUUAUUCUUGCUUUGAAUUCGGUGUCUGGAAACCAGAAGCUGAGAAACGAGGUGGUGUUUGCGGAGCAUGGAGCGGUGGCGACGGACGAUCGGCGGUGUUCGAGGAUCGGAAAGGAUGUUCUGCGGGAAGGAGGGCACGCGGUGGAUGCAGCGGUCGCGGCGGCUCUUUGUUUGGGGGUUGUGAGCCCGGCGUCAAGUGGACUGGGGGGUGGAGCAUUUAUGCUUCUGAGGUUGGCGGAUGGGGUCGCAAAGGCCUUUGAUAUGAGAGAAACUGCUCCUCUUCAUGCUUCCCAGGACAUGUACGGUGGCAACACUACUUUGAAGGCAAAAGGUGGUCUCUCCGUGGCUGUUCCGGGAGAACUCUCCGGCCUUCACGAGGCAUGGAAACAACACGGGAGGCUUCCAUGGAAACGACUCGUAAGGCCGGCCGAGAUUCUUGCUCGCCAAGGAUUCAAGAUUUCGCCAUACCUUAGGAUGCAAAUGGAACAAACAGAGUCAGGUAUAUUGCAAGAUAAGGGUCUUCAUAGCAUAUUUGCACCAAAUGGAGAACUCUUGAAGAUUGGUGAAGUAUGUUACAAUAAGAAACUGGCAGACACUCUUGGUGCUAUUGCCAUGUUUGGUCCACAAGCCUUCUAUGGUGGAUUGGUUGGCCAUAAUUUGGUUAAGGAUGUUCAGAGUGUUGGAGGGAUAUUGACCAUGGAAGACCUAAAAGGAUAUCAAGUUAAACAAACCAAACCAAUAACAAAUGAUGUUCUUGGACUUGAGAUUCUUGCCAUGCCUCCUCCUUCAGGUGGGCCUCCAAUGAUGCUGCUGCUAAACAUUCUAGCACAAUAUGAGCUCCCUUCAGGACUUUCUGGCUCCCUUGGGUACCAUAGAGAAAUUGAAGCUUUGAAACAUGUUUUUGCUGUGAGAAUGAAUCUUGGAGACCCUGAUUUUGUGAACAUAACUGCUGUUCUUUCUGACAUGCUUUCUCCUGAGUUUGCUAAAGUGCUAAAGAAUGACAUCAAUGAUAAUAGAACUUUUGGUCCCGAUCAUUAUGGUGGCAGAUGGAAUCAGAUCCAUGAUCAUGGUACUAGUCAUCUGAGCGUCAUUGAUCUUGAUCGCAAUGCAGUGUCCAUGACUACCACUGUGAAUGCAUAUUUUGGUUCAAAGAUCCUUUCACCAAGCACAGGAAUAGUACUAAACAAUGAGAUGGAUGAUUUUUCCAUGCCUAUGAAAAAUGUCUCCAACGACGUUCCACCUCCUGCUCCGCCCAAUUUCGUCGCGCCCGGAAAGCGGCCGUUAUCGUCCAUGAGUCCAACUAUUGUCCUCAAGGAUGGGAAACUGCAAGCUGCAGUAGGUGCUAGUGGAGGAGCCAUGAUCAUAGCUGGAACAUCAGAGGUUAUUCUGAAUCAUUUUGUGAAAGGAAUGGAUCCUCUUUCUUCUAUAAUGUCUCCAAGGGUCUAUCAUCAGCUUAUACCUAAUGUGGUCAAUUAUGAGAAUUGGACAACUGUGAGUGGUGACCACUUUGAACUUCCUUCUGACAUAAGGGCAGCCCUUAUAAGUAAGGGUCAUGUCCUAAAGGGCCUUGCAGGUGGUACAAUUUGCCAACUUGUAGUUCAAGACAUUGAUCCUUCAAUGGGGAAUAAUAAAGAAAGUGGAAAGCUUGUGGCUGUGAGUGACCCAAGAAAGGGUGGUUUACCUUCAGGCUUCUGAGAUACAAAUCCUCCAUCAUCGUCAUAUCUUUGCAGUUUUACUUUAAUUAGACCAAUAAUAAUGCUUAGGAUAACCAUUUUUGAGAUAUUAAAAAAAAACAAUAUUGGUACACCUAGUUUGUGAAUCAUUGAUUUGGACAAGUCAUGCAUCAGUUUGCAAGAUAAUUCGAAUUAAGUUUGCAAGAUAA